AUGAUUGACCCCGGUUCGGAGGUUUCUCUAGUGGGCGAGGCGCUCGCGCAACGGCUGCGUCUUCCGCGUUUGCCCGCCUCAAUUUCUAUCUUCGGGGUUGGCGGCAAACGCACCGGAACGACGCGAGGCCGAAUAUCCUUUGAUCUCCAUUCACUCACGUCCAAUUUUUUGACGCGAAUCUCCGCGUUGGUCUUGCCGCAAAUCUCAGCCUACGGAACGCGAGUGGAGGCCUCUCACGCUGACUGGCCUCACAUCCAGAACUUGCAACUGGCGGACCCGGACUUUGCCGUCGGAGAUCCGAUAGAGUUACUGUUGGGCGCGGACGUGUAUGCUGCGCUCGUCGAGGACGGCCUGCGAAAGGGCGGCCCUCGUGCACCCAUCGCCCAACGCACGGCCUUGGGCUGGAUCCUGUCGGGCGUUGUUUGUCAUGCAGAGGCGGUCAAAAUGACGUCGUCUCACCACUGUCAAGCGGAUGAAGACAUCACGGAAUUAGUGCGCCGUUUUUGGAGCCAGGAGGAGCCCCCGAGCGCUCCUCCUGCCUUGACGGACGAAGAGCAAUGGUGCGAGGACCUUUAUGCCUUCUCGCACAGGAGAAUGCCGGACGGCAGAUACGUCGUUCGUCUACCGGUGAUACCCACCCUGCCUAGCUUUGAGGACACGCGACGGAUCGCCUCUCGUAUGCUUCGGUGCAUGGAGCAUCGAUUCGCUGCUAACGGCGAGAUGCAACGCUUGUAUCACGACUUCAUGGUCGAGUACGAGCAGCUCGGACACAUGUCGCCCGUUCCACCGCCUCACGAGGCCGAGCGCCGUCGCGUGUGUUACCUGCCACAUCAUAGAGUCAUCAAGGCCGCAGCUUCUUCGAAAAAGAUCCGCGUGGUGUUCAACGGGUCGGCACGCUUGGCAUCCGGAGACUCACUUAACGCGCACCUCGCCGCCGGGCCAAAUCUGCUGCCUGCGCUGACCAAUGUGCUCCUCAAAUGGAGACUGAAACGUUUCGUGCUAGCAGCGGACGUGGAAAAAAUGUACCGCCAGAUCAUGGUACAUCCCGAAGACAGGGACCUGCAGCGAGUCCUGUGGCGGGUGGAGACGACUGGUGAACUGCAUGACUUCCAAUUGAACACCGUCACGUACGGAUCUAACGUGCGCUCCAUUUCUGGCUAUACGGACGCUCCGGCAGCUGGCCGAGGAUGA